UCGAAUAGGUUUUAAGUGCCUGAUUAGUCCGACGGGGAUUGUCGUGCAGUGCGAUGCAAGUUCGGUACCUUCAAAUGUCGAAGAAAGUGCAUUCAGUGCUUGCUACCUUAGUGAUUUGCCAGGCGGUGGUUGCCGUUUCCGGUUUAAAUUCGAACGAUGAUGUGGUGGAACGAGUUUCGGGCAAGCAGCUGAGUCUGCAAACGCUCAUCGAAUAUUUAGGCAGUUUGCUGGCAGAUGUAGAGCCAGGAAAUGGGACGAAAUGUGAUUUGCAACUACAGGCAGUUCUGGGAGAUGGUGUUGCAAAUUUCUGGGGACUUCCGAUGUUCGAUGCCUGGGGUAAGAUUCCUUCGGGAAUCUUCGAGGGUAACUUCUACGAUCUUGGCAGCUUCGAAGAGUGUAGUAAAUUUUCCCACGCCUCUAACAACGUUACGGUAGGGCAGAUAAAUGGCCAGUACUGUCUUCUCACUAUUCCAUUGGAGUUAAGCGCCCGCCGUGCAGUGCAGAAUGUGGUUCUGUUCGACGAGCGUGGAUUUCCGGGCAGCAAGGCCACACUUGGAAUGCAAAUUGGAACAUGCUUUCCAAACACGUGCGAUAGUAAAUAUCUGACAGCUUUACUAAAUGAUGUGAAAUCGACAUUCCUGAACACUUCUGAUGUUUCACUCAAGUGCAUUGAGCCAGUGGGUGAUAUGGGAGCGAAAGAAAUAGCUGCUAGUGUAAUCUUCAGCUUUAUUGCUUGCGUAAUAGCAAUGAGUACCGUCUACGAAGUGAUUAGCUUAAUGAAUCACCGGGAACCACGUCAUACUUUCGUCAUGUGCUCACUCUACUCCAACGGUAACAAAUUGUUCCAGAUAAUAAAACGCCCACAAUUCGCUGGACAGCAAAAGUCCGAGAUAAUCGAUUGUCUCAAUGGAAUCCGUGUGCUCUCCAUGGUCUGGAUAAUUUUCAGUCACAACUUCUUGAUGGUGCUUUCAUCCCCACUGGACAACCAACUAGCGAUCUACGACUGGGUGAAAUCCUACCACAGCAUGCUAGUGCUCGCGUCCACCGUUUCCGUCGAUUCCUUUUUCCUGCUAAGUGGAAUGCUUGUUUGCUGGAGUCUUCUAAAAGAGCUGGAUAAAAAUCGAAAACUGAAUCUCCCAUUAAUGUACCUCCAUCGGUAUCUCCGUUUGACACCGGCCUUCGCUGCAUUGAUACUAGCUUCGGUUACUCUGGUGAAGUAUCUUGGAUCGGGACCGUUCUGGAAUUCUUCGUCGGCUGCUUUAGGUAACGCGUGCGAAACCUACUGGUGGUCUGCACUGCUGUACGUGCAGAACUACGUCAAUCCAACGAAGAUCUGUUUGGGUCACUCGUGGUAUCUAUCGGUGGAUAUGCAACUUUACGUUCUAUCACCGCUGAUUAUCUACCCACUGUGGCGAUGGGGCCGUAAGAUUCUGAUCGCAAUUGUCAUCUUAGUUCUGUUAUCGAUGGGAUGCGUAUUUGCGACGAUCCAAGUGAAAAAUAUACGGAUUGCCUUCGCAGCUACAGGGCAAUUACCAAAUCGAAUGACCCUCACGUACUAUCCGACACAUGCGCGCAUGGGAGCCUGGUUGGUUGGUGUUGUUCUAGGUUAUAUUUUACACGAAACGAAAGGUCGUCGGUUUGUGAUGUCAAAGCUUGCUGUGGUCUUCGGUUGGAUUGCGUCACUCGUCGCCAUGGCAGCGAUAAUCUUUGGUUAUUAUCCUCUACAGCAACCGGACACGUACACGGAUCAUUCCUUGGUCGUGGAUGCUUUGUACGAGUCAACGAACCGGGUAAUCUGGGCCUGCUGUCUAGGCUGGAUAGUGUUCGCGUGCGUCAACGGAUACGGUGGUCCCGUGAACACUUUCUUGAGUUUUCCGGCAUGGCAGCCGCUGGGGCGACUGUCGUACAGUAUGUAUCUUUUGCAUUUACCGCUGCAAGUAAUGUUGACGGGAGUUUUGAAAAGUACGACACACUUCGAUGACAUGAGCGUAGUGCACAGGUUCUGGGGAGAUUUUGGUUUUACAGUCACCCUGGCGCUAGUGUGGAGUUUAGCGUUCGAGUCGCCAAUUGUUGGACUAGAGAAGCUUCUGUUCGGGACACGAAGGAAACCGAGUGCCAUGAAGCAAUCAUUGGUGGCGGAAGAGCAAUCCGGGGGGAACGCUAGCGACUCCACUGCUAGUUUACCCCAUAAAGAAAUAGUUUGAGUUAAAAUUGAAAAUAAAUCGAAGGAGG